CAUGCUUGCAUAAUUCUUCACGCAAUUUGACACAGUCAGGUAGUGCUCACUGCUUCACCGUUCGGUCCAAAAUGUGACGUUUGGACGCUAACACUUCUAGUAUUUGUUUAUUGUUUGGUUGAUAUAAACAGAAAGUUUUAGAGGCUUACUGGAACAUUAUCAGGAAAGACUGGUAGCUGUACAGAUAUGUCCUUCUUCAGAAAUGCAGUUUGGUUCAUGAAAGGACUGAAGGAAUACACAAAGGGAGGAUAUGCCAGUGCUAGUAAGGACUUUAAGGCCUCUGACCUUGAUGUUGAUGUAUCAGGAAGAAGUUACAUGAUCACUGGAGCCAAUAGUGGGAUAGGGAAGUGUGCUGCUGUGGCCAUUGCUAAAAAAGGAGGAACUGUGCACAUGGUUUGUCGGGAUCCAAAGCGUGGAGAAGAAGCUCGUCAGGCUGUCAAGGAAGAGUCUCAAAACCAGGAUGUACAGCUACAUAUACUUGAUAUGUCUAAACCGAGGGAUGUUGCCAGAUUUGCUCAGAACUUUAUUUCAUCAGGGAAGCCUCUGAAUGUUUUGAUCAAUAAUGCUGGUUGUAUGGUCAACACAAGAACAGUUAAUUCUGAGGAUGGACUAGAGAGGAACUUUUCCACAAAUACACUUGGUGUACAUAUGCUGACAACUGCUCUAAUACCACUGCUGUCAAAACAAGAGAAAUCCAGAGUGGUAACUGUUACCUCUGGUGGUAUGCUUGUCCAGAAACUGAAUGGUUCUGAUCUACAGUUUGAAAAAAUGAAUCCAUUUGAUGGAACUAUGGCAUACGCUCAAAACAAACGUCAACAGGUUGUUAUGACUGAACAGUAUGCUAAAAAGUAUCCAGACAUCCAUUUUUCCUGCAUGCACCCAGGUUGGGCAGAUACGCCAGCGGUACAAAACUCUAUGCCUGACUUUUACGAGAAGAUGAAAACUCGACUGCGGACUCCAGAAGAGGGAGCUGAUACCGUUGUAUGGCUUGCAGUGUCAGAUUCUGUACCUUCAUUGGACAGUGGCCUUUUUUACCAAGAUAGGCAAUCAGUAUCCAAACAUCUACCACUGGCCUGGACCAAGUCGACGGCAGAUGAGGAGACAACUUUCAUGCAAAAAUUAGACAACAUCGCUCAGCAGUUUCUUGUUGAGAGCCCUGACUCUUAACAUCUGUUGACAUCUCUAUCUGACAAUUAUUGUAGAUAAAUCCUAGCACUUUCUGAUAUUGUCUUCAUGACAUUCUCAACAAUUUUCUACUAGAUGUCACAUGACCAAUUUUUGGUGAUAACAUGCAUGUGAGUUUAUCUCUCCUUGAACAGUCUUGAUCAUACCUCUCCAUGAACAGUCUUGAUCAUUUUGAGACAGGGAUUUCAUGUAAUACCUGUCUGAACAACAUUCGCAAGGCCCAUCACAUCCAGAACAAUUAGGGUAAAGUGUCUUACCCUACGGAAACCAAAUACGUAUCAUGUGCGUGAUGAAUUUAUAUAAAUAUUAGUAUACUAGU